AUGGAGUGGCUCGGGAGGGCCAAGAUUGAGUUCACUCAUUCGCCAAAUCCAAGGCCAAUCAAGGAAAAGGAUGGCAAUGAGACGGACCUCCUCAAGAUUUGCGAAUCAAACACGCCGCCAUGCCAGCUAAACCCGCUGUUGUUCAACGGCCACAUCCAGACAAUCUGGACCGCAACCAAGCCACAUGGGCCACUGGUUUUCUACAAGCGCAAAAUCUUCCACGCCGAACAUGAACUCUACGACGGAUCUUUUGCUGUCGAUUUUGUCGUGGAGCCUCACGAUAGUCGAGAUGAGGGCCUGCCGCCACGUACUACCCAUUACUCGGAAGAAGAGUUCGCCAAUAUCAGCUCGGACGAUGCGAAGCCCAUGCUGGUGGUGCUGCAUGGCCUUUCGGGUGGCUCUCAUGAGGUGUACCUGAGACACACAAUUGCUCCUCUACUCGAACAGGGUUGGGAGAUUUGCGUGACGGUCAAGUGGCUUCGGAAGACAUUUCCAAAUCGCCCACUGUUUGGUAUUGGUUUCUCACUCGGUGCCAAUAUUAUAACCAAUUAUUGCGGUGAAGAGGGUUCGGAUUGCCUUUUCAAGGCUGCUAUCGCCUGCUCAAACCCCUUUAGUCUAGAUAUUGCGAGCAAGACAAUGACAAGCUCCUUUAUUGGAAAAGAGGUCUACAGCAGAGUCAUGGGCACUGCCAUGAAAGCCCUGAUUGAGAGGCACAAAAAAGAGCUCAAGCAACACACCAACUUGGAUCUCGCUGCUAUUGCAAAUGUUACCUAUCUAUAUGAGUUUGAUAGGCAAAUCCAAUGUCCCACAUGGGGAUACCCAACCGAGACUGCUUAUUACCGCGAUGCUUCUUCGUCAGAUGCAAUCCUCUCAAUCAAGAUACCAUUCUUGGCGAUUUCAGCAACAGAUGACCCGAUUGCCGUCAAAGAAGCCAUUCCAUUUGAAGAAUUCCGUCAGAACCCCAACACAAUUCUGCUCACCACAUCUUUGGGCGGCCACUUGUGCUGGUUUGAACCUGGAGGAUCCCGUUGGCACCCUCGUCCGGUGUGCAAUUUUCUUAACCAUAUGGCGUACAAGGUUGAUCUCGAUAGCGUCGUGCCAAUGGAUUAUCCCGCUAGAUCGCAAGCGUUCUCGGGCUCUGAUUAUGACCCAAUGAGACGAAAAAUGAACAUUGUGCGGAGUUAG